AGGGGAGGGGACGCACGGGACGGAAGCCUUCAUCGGGGAGGACAGUGGCUGUGAGGAAUGUGAGCGGUGAACACACAUCGAUUAAACAGUUUGCUGAGCAGCCGCGAGGGCCCAGCUGAGGUGACAAAGCAUGAGUCUGCAGGCGACUAAACAAGGCCAGUGUUUUGACUGCCCGCCGUGCUCAGCAAUGGAAAAAGCCAGCAGCCACUCAAGGAGACGGCAGGGGCCAUGGCUGGGCACAGGUCGUGGAGGGCCAGGGGUUGGCUGGCAGGUGGACCCAGCGGAAGGUGCGGGGUGUGGGGGAGUAGAGUAGAAGGAACAGAUUCCCCUGAGGAUCGUGGGCUGUUCAUCUUUAAAUUUAUGAAAAGAGAGGCGUGGGUGGGGAGAGGAAAAUCCCCCCCACCGAAGGCAUAGGCUUUCUGUGUUUCUCCCUUAGUGCUUAUGAAGAGACAGAACGGAAGCAUUUGGCUUCUCUGAGACGUUAAAACAAAGUUUAUUGGGUGGUCAGGAGGGCCAAGGUCACAAGUGGUGGGGUGCUAUGAGCCCUAGAGUUCCUGGCCACACAGCUAAGAAGGGAGGGAAGAGGGGCCAGGGAGUCCAAGCCCAGCGCUCACUCCCAGGGUAGCCGGGCACUUUCUCGUCCUCCCUGCCUCUUCCAACAGCCUGCGCUUGUCCUCAGGGGGGUCCCCUGGUGCUGGGAUCUCCUCGCCCAGCUCAGCCCUUCUCAAGGACCUUCCGAGAAACAGGGACACCAAGUGUGGCGAAGGCCUCUAUGCCUACUUAGCAUACAACUCUCCAUCAUUCCUUCAAGGCACGUGGUGCAUGGGCUGUGGGCCUCGGCAGGCUCUGCCCUGGCUGUGCUGUCCUUGGGCUGUUAGCUCACCCCCGGGGCCUUUGCUUCCUUCCCACUAAGCUCUGAGAGGGCAGGGAGCAUGUGUCGUUUUUGCCACUCUGCACUGAACACCAUGCAGGGUACACAGUCAGUUCCCAUAGAGUUUGUGGAAUAAAGGAUGUAGAACCUUCUACCCCGGCCCGCACCUUCGGGGUCUUUGGAGCUGCGCUUUGCAGCCCCCUUGUGACCACUUUGCACGAGACGCUGCACUAGACUUGCUCGGCCAGUAUGAGGAUGAGCUGGGUUUACUAUAAUGUGAACAAAAUUGCUGGUCCCCUCCUCCCCCGGGAAGAAGGCACUGUAGCAUGAAGAAAAACAAGAACUUCUUUAUUCCCUGCUAUGCCAGGUACUGGGGAGAGGCAAAUUCUUGACAGCUGUUUGUCUAGGGAGGGCGUGAGCAUACUCCUGCCCCCACCAAGGCCAGGUGCCCCCUCCCCAUUUCGCCCUCCUCUCUUCACCUCUCCGCACACCCGGAAGAAUGGCUGCAGGCACUGUCCAUUGGAAAAGUACAGCUCCAUAGAUAGGCAUCGGCGUGGGCAGGCAAAAUGAUUCACGUCUGACCAAUUCUAUUCAGUUCAGGUUGUUCGUUCUGAACCCUUUCUCCCUCUCAUUAAAUGAUUACUCGUCUCGGUGGUGAGAGGGAAGAGCCUGAACUUCAUCUGUCUGAAUUUGUGGAAAGCUGGGGACAGGAUGGCUAAGGGCAGAAGUAUUCCGGUUGGCAAGGAACUGAUGCCCAGGUGUCGACUUCAAGAUGAAGACCAUAGAGGUGGAUGGCAUCAAAGUGCGCAUACAGAUUUGCUCCCCAGUCUUUCCUUCAUAGGCACAGGGUCUCUCAGCUCCUGCUCCUCCCUUCUCUCCUGCUUCUACGGUCCCCGCUCUUCUGAGGGACUGGCUUUCUACUGCAGGGACACAGCGGGGCAGGAGAGAUAUCAGACCAUCACAAAGCAGUACUAUCGACGGGCCCAGUACGCGCCCGAAGGUGUCCAGAAGAUCCUUAUAGGGAAUAAGGCCGAUGAAGAGCAGAAGCGGCAGGUGGGAAGAGAGCAAGGGCAGCAGCUGGCCAAGGAGUACGGCAUGGACUUCUACGAAACAAGUGCCUGCACCAACCUCAACAUUAAAGAGUCUUUCACACGUCUGACGGAGCUGGUGCUGCAGGCCCACAGGAAGGAGCUGGACGGUGUCCGGACGCGUGCCAGCAAAGAGUUGGCAUUGGCAGAGCUCGAGGAGGAUGAGAGCAGACCUGAGGGCCCAGUGAACUCUUCAAAAACCUGCUGGUGCUGAGGGCCCUGCAUGGAGCACCCACAAGUCCCCCCUCCCCUCAGGAGGCCUGCGCAGACAGGGAGCCCGGGCUUUGCCCUGCUUCUCCUCUCAUCGGGGUGACCCCGUGGAACAUCAGUAGCUGCUACUCCCCCAGCCUGGCCUUGAGGGUGGCUCCGCUGUCACCUCUGAGCGGCCCCAGCCUCUCCCCCGGUUCCCGCCGCAGCCUGCUAUGAGCCCCGAUGUGCUGGAGCACGCUCACCGCCGAGCUCCCCAGCUCCCCAGACAGCGGCGUCUGGGGCUGAGGCCACUUUGAGGCUCCUUCUCAGUGCGUCUUGUCUCCUGUCCGCUUUUCUCUCUUCUUCCCACUUCUCUCUCUGUCCCCCCACGCCCUGAGCCCUGUGCGUCCUGCUUUGUGGCUGCUGGUGCAGCUCCUUUCUUUCCUUUCUUCCUAACCCUGUCCAGGGGGAUGGACUCCAGCUCCUGGGAGAACCCCCACCCUGCUCUGUGGGUGGGUCAAAGGUGGGGAGCUUCUUUCCCGCCUCCCCUCCCCACAUCCUCCCUGGGCCACGGGCCCUCCUCACCACUGACCUGGGAACAUGAAACAUCGGGUGGGGAGGAACCUGGUCCUCAGCCUGGGGCUGCCCUACCUCUCCCAGCUUGGGCCUUGCUUGGCUGCCUGCCCGCCUGCCUCUUGGGGAACUGGGCUCAGAGGCAGGUGCUUCAGAGGAGAAAAUAAAUGACGAGGAGUGGCAGGGAGAAAACGUCACCUCCGUUCUCUACCUCCCGUGCUGCACGUACACAAUUCCUCCCACCUGGGCUCCUGGAUAAAGACCUGAACCAAAGCCUGAGGGCACUGCAGGGGCGAGGAGAGCCGGGGCAGUGAUUGACAAGCCAGAAAGAGGAGCGUUGGGAACUGAAGGGCUAGUUCCUAUAUAUCAGGUUACAAGCAAGGGAGAGCAGGCCAGGGGGGAAUAUGGACUCCCUGGGCCCUUCAGUUCUUGUGGGAGGAAAGCAUUUCCCACAACCCCCUGGCAGGUGAGAGGCGGGCCUUCACUGACCCCAGCCUUCAGCUCAAGGUUUUCACGAGACCCAGAGUUUGUGGGAGAGGAGCGGGGACUUCAUGGGAAGAAGGGAGGCAGGCCCUGAGGAAGUGCUCGGUGCUGUUCUCUUCCUUCUUCCAGACAAAGUGCUCAUUUUGCCCCCCUGGCUCCCGAGGGCAAGGCUUGCGGUUUGCCAGCCUCACUGUGGCUGCAGGUGGCGGGAACAGGACUCCUGCAGGGCUCUUAGUUCAGGAAGAAGGUGUUUAACCCCAUAUGGCCCAGGAGUGUCCCGAAGAAGGCCCUUGGAGGAAGGGACAAGUCAGUGACCAGCCGCACCAGGGCUCCUGCCCCCCUUCCACAGUCAUCCCUAAGGUACUCAUUAGCUGCAUUGCAUGGCUGGGCCUGGAGCUAAAAGGAACAACUGGGCAUUGAGCAUUCACCAACUAAGCCCAAAAUCCAGGGCACACCCACGGGAAGGAUUAAGAGCCCCGCUUCCUUACUCCAAAAAUGGGGUGUGGGCAUGAAAUCACUAGCCCUUGCUUCCAGGCGUAUCAGGUCAGGGUGACUCAGGACGCAGGGAGGGGGACGGGUUAGCAGAGUGGAAGGAAAGGAGGGCAGGAGCAGCCAGUGGUUGGCAAGUGAAUGAAUAGAGAGCUGGCUGGGGAUGCUUCCUGAGACUGGCUCCUCGGGUGUCAGGACACCAGCAGCAUCGCCUGGGGGUGGGAGGGCGGUCACCUCAGCCCUGAGAGUCCGCUCUCAGAGUGCCCUCAGCCCAGACUUCAGAGAGGGGAGGUCAUACUCGCCUUGGCUCCAACCCGGGGCCAGUAUUGCAGGUCUCCCUGGGGACAGGCUGAGCACCUUGGGACACGGGAACUGUUGUUUUAACUGUGCCCCAGGGGUUCUGGGAGGGGAAGCAGGAGGCAAGAUUCUAGGACUGAUUAGCCCCAUUCUAGGGCCACAGCUGGGGGACGGUUGGGAUGUUAGGGUGCAUUACAUUCAUCAGGUUCCAGAGGUGGCCUCCCACCCCUACACUACUCCAACCCAGGAGGUGGCCUGGGGUCUGGCAUUAGGCCCAGACUGUUGAACAGGCAGGCACUCCUGCCUGCUUACACCUCCCACCUCUGCACCUGCUGUCCUGAGGCUCAGCCCAGCCCCGGCCCUGGCCCUCCACCUGCUCCUAAACCCCCAUCUCCCUGUGACGGGUGAACUCUGUGUGCUGUGUCUCGGGUCCAGUAUAUGAAUUGUGAGCAGGGUUCAUCUAUUUUAAACACAGAUGUUUACAAAAUAAAGACUAUUUCAAACCACA